AUGAGGUCGGCUCCUCUCUACAGAAGAGUGUUCGAAAUCUGCAUUAUGUAAUGUUUGAAUUUUUUUUUAAACUCAAAGUCUAGGCUUUUAUCUUCUCUAUUUGCAAUAAUGUCAAACAUAAGCAUUAGUAUAAGGGUAACAAUAUACAGGGGUUAGCAUAAAACUUCUUUUUUGGCGAGGAUCCUCUUCUUCUUGUUGUUUAUCUUAUAUUUUUCUUUCUUUCGCCCUAAAAUAAGUCUGCCCAUGUAUGAAUGAAAUAAAAAAAUCACGAAAGUUUAGGCGCCGAGGGACGGUCGCCCACAAAUUAUCAACGAUUCGAUCGGCUCCACCGGUCCUGAUUCCUGGAACGGGUUGAACCAGUAAAAAUAAAUUUGAAAAACAACAACAAAGGACUGAAAAAGACCUCGAAAAGAGACGACUGGCUGUAGAAAAAAAUUUUUGGAUUAGCACGAAACAUCUUUUUUUCUUUUUUUUCUUGUUCUUGUUCUUCUUUCGUUUUUUUCUUUCUUCCUUUCGAUGACUCUUUUUUUGAAAUAUGAAACCUGAAAUUUAGAAAAAAUGAAGAAAAAUGUCGAAAAAUAUCUUGAAAAAAAAUUAAAUAAGUUACACAUCGUUCACGCUUACUAAACUUUUCCAACCCCUCCUCCGCUUAAUUAUUUUCUGGAGUUUUCUCAAGGAGUUUUCUCUCGCCGGAGGGGAUCGGCGAAGGAGGACCACCUCCUCGACGGCUUUUUUCCGACCGGCGGAAUCCCGACGGACGCCUGCAGGACCUACGGACUGGCCCGAGUUUCCGAGAACUCUGCGAAACUGUCCAAGACGCUCCGAGUUUCCUCGAUGCCUUGA